AUGUCGAGCAUCUCGUCACCACACAGUUCUGCGCGGGGAACUGCCUAUAGGCCGUCGACGCCAGACCAGAUGAAACCUACGCUUUCGCGAUCGAGCACUUACUCUGUUGCGCCAAAAUCAGAUUUCCUACGACAUGCGCUGGAAGCACGGAGGGCACAGAACACACCAACGCCUUCGCCUCAGGAAGUCAAGGCGCCACCGCCACCAACGUCGAUGCCCUUGGAUAUACAUACACCCAAAACCUCACCCGAUGUCUUUGACGAGUUCGCCCUCACCGAGGAGCAAACAACACCCGUUUCGCCCAUCCGGCGACGAAGACCUAGCGAUGUUGGCACGCCGCGCUCCAAGACGAAUCGCGACCUCACCAAUGAUAUCCAAAAGCUAAAGGAGUCGUUAAUGACCUCCAACAUGCGGGUGGAACUGCUGAAGAAAGACAAUAAAGAGCUACAACAUCAAUUGACGACUGCGAAAGAGCAAGUUGAGCGACUCGAGCCACUGGAGGAUGAAAACUACGAGCUGCGUGCGGAGAACAAACAACUGAAACUCAAACUGGAUAAGAUGAGUGAGGAAAUCUCCAGCUUACGAGAAGACAACGAAGAACAGCGGAUGAACAACGUGGAGCUCACCGCUAUAGCAAGUGAGACUGCCGCGCAUUUCACAGAACACGAGACUGCUCUUGCAGAAGCGGCCGAGUGCAUCAUCAAGAUGGAGGAGGAAAAGGCUUUACUCGACAAGGAACUCAAGAUGCUCAAAGAGCGCGUCAUGGUGAUAGAAAGCCAUUCUCCCGCUAGCACACUCGUUAACACUCCUGCAAAGUACCCGCCUAGCGUCUACAGUGUGGACGAGGAACGCCCUACUACUUCUCAUUUCGACUCGGAUUACUACAGCCAGGUAGAGGACACGCCGUCAGUCAAGCCGAGCCAUGAAUCGAUAAGGUCGUUUACGCCUUCAGAACGGUCAAAGAAGUUUCUUGACUUGACCGAAGAGCGGCGGAAGUCUGCUCGAGACCUGUCUGAGCGUAUGUCUGCUGUCUCUCUAAAAGCAUUACGCGAAGCGUCUCCCUCUCCACUUCCAGAAGUUCCUCAGGUUCCCACUACAUACCAACAAGAGAUUCCGACAAUCAUCGCCGACGACAGGUCUGCCACCCCCUCUAGGACCCCCGUACCUCAUCGCCAAGGUUACCAGCCGCCCUCGCGGUCUUUGAUGGACGCAGCAGAGAUCUCCCCAGCUCGACCGCAUACAGUUGCCCCGCAAUCUCACGAACGCCAACCGGACGGUCUGCGAGGUUUAUACCGCCCCCGUAGGACUUUGUCAGGCAGGAAAUCAAGUGAUCGCCGCCCGUCAUCAAGUUACGUCCCAAACACCACCAGCACUUCUGCCAGUUUUGCAGGUCGCCAACAGUCCAUGCAAGAGACUUCCCCUCAAGUCCCUUCACGCAGCACCAGCAAGCGUGCGAGUACUACAAAUUCAGACGAGCACCUUCAACGCCGCAUACCACACCGCCGAACAACCGAUGCUGACAGACCAUCCACCAUGUAUACACUCCCCAACGCGGACCUCAUGUCAUCAGGGUGGGAAAUGAUAUCCUCUGACUCCUCUCCUCCUCCCGUCUCCAAUGCCUCCACAACCGAUCUAACCUCGGUUGUAGAUCCACGCGAAGACAGGGACGGAUGGUGGCGCAGUUUAGAUCGUCUGACUCUACCUCAAGCACUGGCUCAGCAGCAACAACAAAAGGACCAACGGGAUCAACAGACACCGCGACCUUCUAAACCUCAUUCUAGGUCGAGAUCGGUUGCUCCCCUUCCGCCUCCUAUUGACACUGGCAAUACCGUCCGCACAACUAAUGGUCUAAAUGCCUACGUCGAUACGCUGAGGAGUAGCGGUUCCCGACGGAAGCCAGGCGAGACUACGCCGCUGACAGCUUUGAAUAGUCAUCCUGUCGAAAAGGACUUUUUGUUCAAUGUCAAAGAAAGCGAAGACGACUUUCUACGAAAGACCAGGGGUAGUGUUGGAUCUUCUUCACGGAGAAGUUAA